AUGUGCCCCAAGAAAAGCCACCAGGCAGGUUUGGCAUGUUUUCAUCCCAAGUCAACUUUAGGAAACGUUUCAAGUCUCUUUCUUCUGUUGUUAAUGAACUUCGAAGUGCUCCGACAAGUUUCAAACCUCAUCCAGGUACUCAUUGGUCUCACUAAUUAUCCACAGACCUCAUGCCUUUCACAGGCGUGUCGUUCCUGGUUUUAUUUCGCAAACUGGAGCUCCACUGGCAGCGUCUGCCGGCGGGGCGCGACCCCAUCCCCGCCCGAGGGCAGCGAGAGCGCCUCACGGCGCGGCCCCGGCCCCGGCCGCAGCAGCAGCGCCCCCUCGCUGCGGCGCAGGCGCGGGCGGGCCCGCGCGGCUGCGGGCGGAGCAUGCGCGGGGAGGCCGCGGGGCGGGAUGGUGGCGGCGCCCGCGGCCGCCGGGAACAGGUGUUGUCCUUCUUGCUUCCCAUGUCCUAUCACCAGGAGGAUUUCUUCAGAGAAUACCUCAAGAUGAUGGCGAAUAUGGUCAUCCUGAACUUGCUCAUUUGUAUUUCGCUGGCGUUCUGGAUCGUGUCCAUGACUGCCAGUACGUACUACGGUACUUUACGACCCAUUUCUCCAUGGCGCUGGCUUUUUUCAGUCUUGGUUCCAUUAAUUAUUGCUACACAGGGUUUUAAGAAGAAGAGUCUUGAUCACAGUGGUGCAUUAGGAGGACUGGUGGUUGGAUUUAUCCUUACAGUCGCAAAUUACAGUUUCUUCUCUUCUUUGUUUGUAUUUUUUGUUACCUCUUCAAAACUUACUAAGUGGAGAAAAGAUAUAAAGAAGCAAAUAGAUUCAGAAUACAAAGAAGGUGGCCAGAGGAAUUGGGUUCAGGUAUUCUGUAAUGGUGGCGUUCCUACUGAGCUGGCUCUCCUAUAUAUGAUAGAAAAUGGACCAGGUGAAAUUCCUAUUGACUUUUCAAAGGAAUACACAGCAUCAUGGAUGUGCUUAUCCCUUUUGGGAGCUUUGGCAUGCUCUGCUGGUGAUACAUGGGCUUCAGAGAUUGGUAGUGUUAUGAGUAAAAGCAAACCAAGAUUGAUAACAACCUGGGAACAGGUUCCAGUAGGCACUAAUGGAGCAGUUACUUUAGUGGGCCUGAUCUCAAGUUUGCUUGGAGGCAUGACAGUAGGUAUAGCCUACUUUAUAACUCAGCUCAUUUUUGUGAGUGAUCUGGAAAUAUCUGCUCCGCAAUGGCCCAUUAUAGUGUUUGGCGCAGCAGCUGGCCUACUGGGAUCAAUUGUUGAUUCAUAUUUGGGAGCUACGAUGCAAUACAGUGGUUUUGACCAGACAAUUGGCAUGGUUGUUAACCACCAAACAAAAGACUCCAAGCACAUAUCUGGAAAACCUAUAUUAGACAACAACGCUGUAAAUCUUUUUUCUUCUGUAAUCAUUGCUCUGGUGCUUCCAGGCACGGCAUGGUUUUUCUGGCCAAGGGGUUGAAAUGGUUGAAGGUUUUCUGCAUGCAAAUCAUUUAUGUUCAGUCUUGCUCAGAGACUCCAAAGAGUUCCAGUUGAACUCUCUUUGAGAGAUGGAUCUGAAACAUUCAAAGAGCUGAAGGACUUUCCAUCUCAACUUGUUAAGGCUGUAAACCUCAUGUGGCAAUCAGCAUCUCUCGGGAAGGUGCUUUGUCAAUAGUGCUCUUGCUGCUCCUCAGGUGGAUGUAGGUCAUUGCCAAGUGAGGUGAAGCACUUGUUUCAUUUAUCCUCCAUUUAUGGAGCUGAAGUGUUGGUGUCUAUUCUCUCCAGUUCCCAGCAUCUGGAAAGGCAGGAAGCUGGAAAUAGAAGUCUAAUCCACAUCAAUCAGUGUGAUGGAGCCUUGUGGCUAUUAUCCAAGUUAGACACAAAAUACGCUGCAGCUUUAUAUAGGCAAUGAUAACAUGGGUGACGUGGGUGAAUUCUGGUAUUUCUCAUUAUCUGCACUUUGUAAGGUCUUUUGGAAGUAUUUGGGCAGGGAAGAAAGAAUUCAGCCUUAUUGCCUAUUCUCUAUCUCCACUUCCCUGAGAAUAGAUUUGAUAAAAAUGAUCCAUACAUAACAUUGGAAACAAAAAUCUAAAUUUAAAGUAGAAACUUUAGGCUGUUCCAGUAAGAAUAAUAAAUUUUUCUGUGCUUUUUUGACAUCUUUAUUUUGAACAUAAUGAUAUUUAUGAAGAUUUGUCAAUACUGUGGUACUUAUCAAAUACUUUAAAAUUAAAGAUGACAGUUGUGGAUUCACAAUCAUCUCUUUAGAAAGAUAAUGUUUUUUUCUAUAAGUGUAGAAUUGUUCCAUGGUGUUUGGCAUUCUAACCAAACUAUAUUCCUUGGUUAUUUCUCAGCAGUGGAAAUGUUUCCCAUUCUGUUUGGGGCUUCUAUUUAGAGAUUAUGGCCUCAGCCAAAGAAGCUACAGACGUUAUCCUUGUUGCAAAUGGGGGAAGUCACACAUAUAAACCAUUUAAAAAUAGAAAAUUAAUUUUUGAUGCUCAGGUUCCUGUGUUAGGUAAUUCUGUCUUCCAUCAUUCAUUUAUAAAAGUUGCGGAAGUAAUGUAGCCAGUACAGGUUGUAUUUAAAGUCCAGAGAUAUCCUCAUAAUAACCUCUCAGCGCUGACAUUCAGAAGUGUGGGCCCAUACUUUUAACUUAUGAAAAGCUUUUCCUUUUUUGUUAGAGAUAGAUGAAUAUUUUGUAUUGAACAUCUGGGUUUUUUUACAAGUGUCUUGUGUAUAUUGCCUGUCUUAAUUCAACUGACUUUUUUAUUUUGUCACCUUUUAUGGGAAUAUUAAAAAACUUUAACACUUUCCAUACUGAGUUUGCUCUUUAGAAAUCUAGUCUAUAGAGAUCUGGAAUUCACCACUGGAACUACUUCACUGUAUUACCCUAUUAUAAAGAUGAGAUACCAAAGUAGUAAAAGGUUUUUGAAAAGAACAAAUUGUGUAGCUGCUCUAUGUCUGCUCCUGUGGAAGGGCACAAAAUUAUGGAAGUAAUAUAUGCACUUAAACCAUAACAAUAAACACUUGGGAAUUUUAUGCACUGUUUGGACUUAUACUGCUUCUAAAUAAACACUGUAUUAGUUGUCUUCUAUGA